AAUUUUUUUAGCACUUCCUUUAAUUGAAGGAUGUGAUUCAACCGACAAACUGAGAACACUGAUGUAUGAACUGAACACUUAGUUUAAAUAAUAAUUUUGCUUUUGAUUAAAACUUAAACAACCAUAUGUUCAAAAUGAAAAAUAAUUUCAUUAUUACUUUGCUGGAAAUAUUGUUGUUUUUGACAUUAACACAUGCAUAUAUAGGCCUUAUUCUACUUGACACAAAAAAUGGAUAUUGUGAAGCUGAGGGUGUUCGCAUAGCUGUUGGAGAUGUUUCCUACAAUGAUGAGCAAUGUGAAAUGUUAAGAUGCAGUGAGGGAGAACUUCGUGUCACAGGGUGUGCACCAAUGAGAUCUUCACGUCCGUGGUGUCGUCUAGUUCCAGGAGAAGGUCGUUUUCCCAUGUGCUGUCCCCAUAUUGAAGAAUGUGACGAAGCAAACAAUGCGGCUGAAAUAAGCUUUGAUGGAAUUUAAAAUUCUAACAGAAAAUUAAGCUUUGAAAAUUUGUUGUAACUCUUCAUAAAUGAGAUUUUGUAGAGAAAGAUAAAAUUUCGAAUGAAAUCGUAGUUUUAUUUCUAUUUUCAGAUUUGUAAUGAUAAAAAAUAUUUGGAUCUUGCA